GGCACGAAGAGAUGCAGGGACACACGGAGACAGACACUCGUGGAGAGAGACGAGGGGGGGGGGGACACGGGGAGAAGAAGUGAGACACUCAGUCGGACACGUUGUUCCAAGUCACCUGCUUAACCUUUAUAACUCUCUCUCUCGCACCAGUUGUAGGCACUCCUAUCUCUGUCUACACGGUCACUUUGUUAACCAACUUCCACUAUCUAUUCUAGAUUGAAAGCUUUCGUGACUGCUAGGAUCCAUACUCUUUGGUUCUAUUGGGCAAAGUCACGUAGGUGAAAAUAAAAUAACAAAAAAAAUAACAAAAAAAUCAACACUAUCUACUUUACACUUCGCUGACCUGCCUGCGGCAGCUCUUCCUCUCAGCAGCUCCGCACUCACAGCUCCGCACACAGACAGCAGCUCACACAGAGCUUGCACACAGCAGCGCUCACUCAGAGGUUUCGCUCACUCAGAGGCUUCGCUCACGCAGAGGCUUCGCUCACGCAGAAGCCUCGCUCACACAGAGGCUUCGCUCACACAGAAGCCUCGCUCACACAGAGGCUUCGCUCACACAGAAGCCUCGCUCACACAGAGCUUGCACACAGCUGCUCUCCCUCUGCACCGCUGCCCUCACCCACGUUAUCUCAGACCCACUCACUUGUCUGAUCCAGGCGGGGGGAUCAACCAUCACAAGCCCAUCGACUCGUGAGGGUUGAGGUACGUCCCUGGCUUGAGUGGCAGUGGAGAGAUGUCUUCACCUUGGUCCCAGAACCCGAGCUCCCACUCCGCUUUCACAUAUCCUCCUUCCAAUUAUCCAGCUCAUCCCUUGUGUCUCUUUAGGGCCCGACAGGUCGGCGACUGUCAGGCCAUCAAUCGCUCCUUAUCGCACGACUCCCACGCGACACCUCUGGUCCCAGCGUACGACCCCGGACCGACCCCGUCUGCAACCGAAUCUCCCGUUAAAGAGUUCUGUGGAAUCUGCAGUCCACGGAGCCAUGACGUCACGGGCAGGUCAUGAACAUCCCGGCGACUCCAGUAGGAAGAAUAUGCCUGUACUGCUGGUGGUGCUGGUGGUGCUGAUCGAGGCGGCGAUGGUGGAGUGCUUGGUGGUGAAUCGCAUACGUGAACCUCCUAACAACACCUCCCCACCUACCUCCACGCUCAUGGUUGAAACGUUCCGCUUGGCCUCCUAUUAUGGGAACCACAUGGUCCUGCAGAGGGGACCGCGUGGUGCCUUCGUGUGGGGGUUUGGGAGCGUGGGAGCCAAGGUGGUCGUGGGACUCUACAACAGGAGCAAGGAGUUGCUACAGGAGCACAGGAGCAUCGUGUCGGAAGAGUCACACACGUGGUCCAUGACUCUGGACCCCAUGGAUGCUGGGGGGCCAUUCUCUCUCAGUGCCACCCAGUGGAGUCCUGUGUGGAGGGGCACUGAGAGGGCAGCGGGGAGGGUUGUGAUUCGCGACAUCUGGUUCGGAGAAGUGUGGCUUUGUGGGGGGCAGAGCAACAUGCAGAUGACUGUACAGCAGGUGGUGAACGCGAGUUGGGAGCUGGCUCAAGCCGUCAACUUUCCUCUCGUCCGACUGUUUGCUGUCUCCUUAAAUACAUCGCUCCAGCCCCUGGACGACUUCUCAUCAGUCGCACUCCCCUGGAGUCUCCCCACAGCCGCCCGCCUGGGCAUGGGAGAAUUCACCGUUUUCUCUGCCGUCUGUUGGUUCUUUGGCCGAAACCUACAUCGCACUCUGGGUGUCCCUGUGGGGUUGGUGCAAUCCUGCUGGGGGGGCACCGCCAUCGAAUCCUGGUCCUCACCCCGAGCCCUGGCACGCUGCAAACAGAACGGACAGCCUCAAAGCAAUUUUCAUCUGGAACCGACCGUGCUGUGGAACGCAAUGAUUAACCCUCUGCUCAAAAUGAGCCUCAAAGGGGUAAUCUGGUACCAAGGUGAGAAAAACGCUGAGUACAACAAUGAGCUCUACAACUGCAGAUUCCCGGCCAUGAUUAACGACUGGCGUCAGGAAUUCCACACAGCCACCAAUGGCAACACAGACCCGCUUCUGCCCUUUGGAUUUGUGCAGAUCUCCACCAGUGACCCAGAUGACACCACGGACUCGUAUCCACACAUUCGCUGGCACCAGUCUGCAGACUACGGUUUCUCCCCGAACUCGCAAAUGCCAAAAACCUUCAUGGCCGUGACCAUCGACUUGUGUGACCGCAACUCUGAGUAUGGGUGGAUUCACCCACGCUACAAGCAGGAGGUUGCCUCCCGUCUGCUGCUAGGUGCACUGGCUGUAGCCUACAAUCACAGUUCCUCCUUAUUCCAGGGCCCCUUCCCAGAGGUGGCCACUGUGAACCUGAAAUCCCAGAUGCUCGUCAUCAAAUAUGGACAGAAGCUGAUCCACCGCAAAUGGGGACGGGGCGACUUUCAGAUCUGCUGUUCCCAAGUGCUCAGUCAGUGUCUCGACCUAGACUGGCAACGAGCUCCAAUCCUCGACGUACAAGCCGACAGUGUAUUCCUCGACAUCUCCACCUGCAUUGGCACCAACAGGGCCGUGACGUCAGUCCGCUAUGCUUGGUCUAACUGGCCGUGCGAAUUCCACGCUUGUGCUCUCUAUGGAGAGGGGCCUAACGCACUACCAGCACCCCCCUUCAUAAAGGCCGUGCCGUCGGAGGGUGGUUUAUAAUGGCAGUGUCGGGGGAAUUUAAAGCGGUAUUGUCGGGGAGAUUUAUAACAGCGGUGUGGGUAGGGGUUCCUAACGGUUGUUUUCAUGGGGCCCUUCAGGGCCAUGUUGGCGGGUUCAUAAUGACCAUGUCGGUGGGUUUAUUAAGGCCUUGGCAGCAAAGCUGUCCUUCCUUCUGUGGUGAAGUCUGCUGGACCCCGGCUAGUGUCGCCACCUUCCCCACAGAUC